AUGUCAUAUACAGAAACCAAUGCACUCCCGCCUCAAAUUACCAUAUCAGAAUACUUAUUCCAUCGACUCAAACAACUUCACAUAGAGACCAUAUUCGGCCUUUCAGGGGAAUACAACAUGCCUCUCAUAGAUAAACUGUACCAAGUUCACAAUCUACGAUGGGCGGGGAAUGCCAACGAAUUAAACGCCGCAUAUGCAGCUGACGGUUACGCAAGAUUAAAAGGUUUGGGGGUCCUCAUCACUACAUUUGGUGUUGGUGAAUUGUCCGCAUUGAACGGUGUGGCUGGUUCAUUUGCUGAACAUGUGGGACUCCUGCAUAUCGUAGGGAUGCCCCCCACAAGUGCUCAAACGAAACAACUAUUGUUGCAUCAUACUUUGGGAAACGGAGAUUAUAGUGUGUUUCAUAGAAUUGCAAGUGAUAUUGCAGUUUAUAAUACUGUCAUUGAUGAUACAGAUUUGUGCUUUCAAGAAGUGGAUAAGUGUAUAACGUUGGCGUGGAUGGAACAAAGACCUGUUUAUAUGGGGAUGCCCGUGAAUCAAGUGAAUUUGUUGGUGGACUCCAAGUUUUUAGAUAUACCGUUAGAUUUGGAUAUGUUUGAGAAUGCAACAGAGGUGAAUUCGGAAAUAACAAAUAAGAUUUUGCAGAAGAUUUAUAAAUGUAAGCAUCCGGCAAUUGUGGUGGAUGCGUGUACUAUUAGGCAUGAAUGUAUUGAUGAAGUGGAAGAAUUUUGCAGGAGGACAAAAUUUCCCGUCUUUGUUACACCAAUGGGGAAAGGUGCCAUAAAUGAAAAUACUCCUCAUUUUGGAGGUGUAUUCAUGGGGUCCCUGUCAAGUCCCUCAGUGAGAGAAGUGGUAGAUUUUGCUGAUUUUAUCAUUGUCAUUGGAUCAAUGUUAUCUGAAUUUAGUACAUCAACAUUCCAUUUUGUUUUCAAAGUUAAGGAUUCAGUAUUACUUUUCUCUGAUUUAGUCAAGAUUAAAAACUCAGUAUAUGCUAAUAUUCAUAUUAAACCACUUAUGAAAUCUUUACUUCAUUCUUUGGAUGAAAGUAAGAUAAAAUAUAUCUUUGAAGAGGCUCCCUCAAUGAUUCUGCCAAAGACCAAAAUACCUGACGAUGUCUUAUUGAGACAAGAAUGGGUCUGGAAUGAAAUUUCCCAUUGGUUUAGGGAAGGUGAUAUAAUAAUUACAGAAAUUGGUACAUCAGCAUUCGGUAUCAACCAAACAAGAUUCCCAAAUGAAGCACAGGGGAUAUCUCAAUCCUUGUGGGGGUCUUCAGGUUACUCUCUGGGUGCCUGUUUGGGUACUUCUUUUGCCAUUCAAGAAUUCGAAAGGGAACAUAAUCAUAAUUUCCAUAGACAUACGCAAAAUGUCGAAAAGCAUCGUGUUAUUCUAUUUGUGGGGGAUGGUGCCUUCCAACUUACCAUGCAAGAGCUUUCUACCAUUAUACGGUGGAAUCUAACACCGUAUAUUUUUGUUCUGAACAAUGAAGGUUAUUCUGUAGAUAGAUUUCUGCAUCCAGAGGCUAAUGCAAGUUAUUACGACAUCCAACCUUGGAACUAUUUAGAUCUUAUGGCUACGUUUAAUGCUAAAAAUUAUGAAACAAAGAAAAUCGUUACCGUCGGUGAUUUUAGGGACAUGGUCCAAGACCCUUUGUUUGCAAUAAAUGAUAAAAUUAGAAUGGUAGAAAUUCUAUUACCAUCAACAGACGUUCCACAGGCUUUGGUGGAUACAUGGAAGUUAGAGAAAGAAAAGCAUAAAAGACCUUCAGAAUAUAGUGUAAGUCCAUACUUAGAUUCAGAUGAUCACUCACAAUCUUCAGCAUUUGUUUCUCCAGCAGAAAUCGAAACUGACAGGAAGAGAGCAAGAAUAAACACCCCGUGA